AUGGACUCGUUUUGCCACCGCCCCUGGCUCGAGGUCAUCACCGCCGCCCGACAGUCGCGCAAGGCAGCCGCGCACGACCACGGCGAUGAUGGCGACGACGAAGACGAAGACGACGAAGACGACGAUGAGAGAUGCUACAGCAACUGCUCGACGAGUACUGCCACUACCACUGUGGCGUCCUGCGAUGGCGAUGGCGACGCGGCCACCACUCACACUACGCUGACGACACCAGGCCAGGGCAAGGGGCCGCUGGCGGAGCUGUUCACGCCUGACUUUUAUUCGCAUCUGCUGGGGCUCCUCGAAAUGAACCAGAACGCCAUCCGCAUUGUGUCGCCGCUGCAGACCUACGCCACGCUCCUCCACGACCACCUCUUCCCUUCGGAGGCACAGGCGCAAGAAACGGCUCUGGGCGAGCUGGGUAACGGCGAGCUGCCGUCGUUCACCGAUGCGCACACGACGCAGAACACUUGGGAGAGGCUGAACGCCAUGUCGGAGCUGCUCACGCUGGUCGAACAGAUACAAGGCGAUGACGAUGAAUGCGAUGACGACGACGAGGACGAAGACGCCGACGGCGGUUCGGGCCACCAUCACGCCCACGACAAGAAGGCCAAAGCGAAGCACCACGAAGACAGCGAAGAGGACGAGGGAGACAGGAAGGGCAAGGGCAAGAGCAAGGCGGAGCGGGGGUCGGACAGUGAAGCAGAGACGGCCGAAGAGGAAGAUGACAACAAGCCGGUGGAGCUGUUCCCUCCGUUUGAGGGCUUCGGACUCUUCCCCAUUGCGGCCAUGAUGAACCAUUCGUGCGAGCCCAAUACACAAGUCAAGUUCGGGCGUAAUCGGGAGGCGGUGGUGGUGGCACUGUGCGACAUUGCCGAGGGCGAGGAGCUGACCCACAGCUACAUCGAGAACGACCGACCGCUGGCCGAACGCCAGGCCGACCUCCUCGAGUACAACUUCGUCUGCCAGUGCGUCCGAUGCCUCAAGGAGACCACCGUUGCUUAG